UCACGCUUUUUUUUCGUCCCGUAGCCCCCUUCAUCGCCAUAUUGGGCGCCGAAAAGCCUCGUCUGGUUAUUUUCUGUUCCCCUUAUUUACUACGUCGCGCAGUUGACAGAAGUGGCCAUCGCGAACGCUGCUCCGUCCGUGUUUAUUGACGUCAGCUGGGGGCUCAUGCGGCGCGCCCGGGGCGAGUUUUAAUGCGUUCACGCCCGUCGUUGAAGCUCGAUAACACGGCUGUUGGGUUUGUUUUGCGACUUCAUCACCGUGCAACUAUGUCCUAUGUUCGCUUGUCUAAUGGCAGCCCGACACUGGAGCGGAUGGAGGCUCGACUCUCCGAUCAGCCCAAGCCGUCGGCGUGUCGGAACCUGUUCGGUCCGGUGGAUCAUGAAGAGUUAAAGAAGGACUUCCAGCGGCACCUGAAGGCGAUGGAGGACGCGUCGGCGGACGAGUGGAACUUCGACUUCUCCACGCACACGCCGCGAGCCGACGGGAGGUACCAGUGGGAAGCGCUGGAUAUUCGCUCGGUGCCCGGUUUCUACAGCCGGUCGGACCGGGGGAAAGGCACGGAUGUUAACAUUUGCUCCUCUGGGAAUAAUAGCGAUAAUAAUAUCGAUGUUAACGGGAAUCACGACUGUGGGGUAACGGAGGAGAGCGCGGAGACGCCCGAAACACCCCGAGAUCAAAGGAAAAGACCUUUAUGUCUCGACUCCUCGUGUCAAAGUAAGCGCUCGCACACCUGUAUGGAUGAAAUGACCCGGACACCCAGAAAACACAAAAAACCCAGGAAACCCCCCAGCCCGACGCCCAGGUAAACGCAGCGAGGGCUGUGGAUGGUGUCGUCUGACCUCGGUGCUUGGUGAACGAAAGAUUUUGGGGGGAAAAACAGAAACAUAUCAACUCUACACGUGUGUUCAAGCACUGAAAGAAACACGAGUUCUGGCACUCAAAAGCAGCUGCCUCAAUGCAGUGGAUGUAGCAGUGUGCAAUUAGGGUGAAUUUCCUUUUUUGCUCAUUAUUUCGUUUUCUUACUACGUGUGUGUAUAUAAAUAUAUAUUUUGUCCUUUUCAUAUGUAGCACAUAAUUAGUAUUAUGUUGGACAAAAAAUCUUUCUAUCUUGGAGGUGUGCGUUUGGUUUGUGUAGAUUGUUUGAAAUGCUGUUGGUUUAUUUGUUUUCAUAAUGGCUUUAUAUUUUCGGAGGAGGUACAGCAACUACUUGCUCUAAUAAUGCAGUAGGAUAAAUCCAAACAUCUCAGCCUUUAUUUUUUCACAUUAAUGAAAGGUCAUGGAAAAGGCGAUGUAAAAGUUCAAAGGUCAAACCUUGUAGCAUUAACCAGUAUUAAUGUCAGGCACUUCCGUGGAGGUGAAACGUCUCUCGCCCGCUCUUAAAUUAUUGUUAUUAUUUUUUUUUCAUCUAUAUUAUUUUUGGUCAUCUAUAAUUUGAGUGAAAUUUUCUACUGAUAAUUUUUUUGUUUCACUUUGUUUGACUCAAUCACCCUUGAUUUUGCCUGUGUGUGUGUGUGUGUGUGUUUGAGAGAGUGUGUGUGUUUGUGUGUGUGUGUUUGAGAGAGAGUGUGUGUGUGUGUGUGUGUGUGUGUGUGUGUUUGAGAGAGAGUGUGUGUGUGUGUGUGUGUGUGAG